CGUUGAAUAAUUAAAUUACACAAUCAGGACUACAUUCUAUGAUUUCAAAAUUAUGAUAAAAUCACUUAAAUUUUAUAACUAAUAUUAAAAAUAAAAUAUGGAUAGAGAAUUUGAUGGGCUAUCAGAUACAGGUACAAAUUGCAACAUAGCAACAAAUUCAGAUACCUUAUCAGAAAAUCAAGCAAAGUUAGAUACUUUAGAGAAAAAGGCAGUUCAUCUAAGACUAGUACUCGAAAAGGACUUUAAGGCAGCGGAUGUAAAAUGGAGUUUAUUUGUAGCUGCAGCCUUUAGCUUCAGAUAUGAAAGUUGCCUAAGACCGUUCCCGCCUGUUUUUAUUAAAAAUGGAAUUAAAGACAUGGAUGAAUUGCUUAGCGUUAUAACAGAUGUGCCAGCUUUGGAUUUAGUUUUACAACAGUUAGACAAUCUUGAUAACUUGGCCAAUAUAAGUGACAUUCUUGAUUUGCUGUUUUAUGUACUUGUAAGAUUAAAAGAACCAUGCUUAAAAACUGUACCACCGGAAGCGCAUGAAGCAAUAUUAAUGAAUACGAACUCCUUGUUGCCGGCGCCAAAACCUCAAUAUAUUUUUCAAUGUGUUAGUUCAAAUAAUUCGAAUUCCGAGUUAAAAUGGAGAGAGUUAUCAAAAGAUCACAAAGUAUUUUAUGCUUACUACGGAAAUCGUUUGGAAAACUUUUUUACGAUAUUGAACUUUGGACUACAACAACACUUAAACAAGACAACAUUAAUGGGAAGUGGCGUGUAUUUAACUCCAGAGUUGAGUAUAAGUUUGCCGUAUAGCCACGUAGGUUUUGGCUGGGGGGCUAGUUGUCUCGGUGGUCAUCUAUCAUGUGUUGCAAUGUGCGAAGUUAUCGACGCUCCUGAAGGAAUAAAUUACCAGAAGCCUGUUUCAAAUGAAGGUGAUAGUGGUAGAUAUGAAGAAGAAAAAAAUAAAAUGAUCGUCGACCAAAAUCUUGGAUCUCGACUGGUACACUAUGUUGUUACCAAUUGUGAUUUAAUAAAAGUUCGCUACUUAUUGGUGUACGCCAAGCAACCUACUUCGAUGAGAUUUUCUUCAAGCAGCUCAAAUAGGGAUGCGGGUCUACGUCAGUGGUUCGCAAGACAUAAGCUGUUUUCUAUUCUUCUUGGAUACGGUCUAAUGCUAGCAACUAUUGGUUUUGCAAAUAAUCAACCUAUACAGUACUAUUACAAAUUUUUAUUAAAGAAAUUAGAUGUGGCAAUCAGCAAUGCAAAAAUGUAAAGUUUAAAAAGUUUUUAGUUUAAAAUUUUUAAGUGUGAUUUAUGUCCAAAAUGUUUAUAAAAUAAAACCUUUAAAUAUAA